UGCAGUACAUGCCCUCGCGGCGAUACUCUUACGUAACCCUACGCGGUUGCAGCCCUCGCGAGAUUGGGAAUGGGAAAUGAGGAAUGUCAAGUGUCAACAUCUAGCAGACGACAGCGCUGCAGCCUUGGUGCCCGGACGGAGCAGGGAGGGGAGCGAGCGAGCGACGGGGCUGCUCGAGCGUCGGGUCAUCCUGAACUUCUGUGAGAGAUGGGGGAUGACCGCCCAUUUGUGUGCACUGCCCCUGGAUGUGGGCAGAGAUUCACCAAUGAAGAUCAUCUUUCUGUGCAUAAACACAAACAUGAAAUGACAUUAAAAUUUGGUCCUGCUAGAACAGACUCUGUUAUUAUAGCGGACCAGACCCCAACACCCACACGUUUCCUGAAGAACUGUGAGGAAGUUGGACUAUUCAAUGACCUGGCCAAUUCCUUUGAACAGGACUUUUGCAAAGUACAAGAGGAGGACCACAGGACAAAAAACACAGCUUCAACUUUACAAACACAAUAUGCAACCUCACAAACAAAAUGCACAGCAAAGAAUGAAGAUGAUGAUCCUUUAGAAGUGGAUUCUUCUCCUCCUGAUAGUCCGGAUUCAUCCUCCAGCAUGUCAGAUAUCAGCAAAGACUCAAGGGAGAUUCUGACAAAGCCAGUAGCAAGUUCUGCCCAGACUCCAACCAUUGUGCGUCCAGGUUCUCUGCCUCUACACAUUAGCAAUGAUUCUCUUCACCCUACACUGCCAUCUCCAACGUCUGUCAUCACACAGGCGCCACCCUCUAACCGACAGCUCAGCUCACCGACAAGCUCUUAUCCCCUCGUAAGGCACCUUGCUAAUGGGCAAACAGUCCCUCUGCUGCCCAGUCCUGUGCAGAUGACCUCAGUCAUAUCUCUGGUGAGGCCCGGGAACUCAGUACCCAACAUUCCUGGGAUCCCAGGACCCCCAGUGGGUGGAGCUAGCAGCGGUUCAUCCUCCCCAUCAGGUUAUCACCUCCAAUCCGAGACAAAGAUGCGCUUAAAGGCAGCCCUAAGUAAUCAAGGCCCAGGAGGUCAUGAUGGUGGCGGCGGCGGGGGGGCAGGCUCCUUCCCAGCAGUCCCCCAGAAGCAGCAACAGAGCCAGCAGCCCACUCAAAAUUCGGAUGCACCGUCACCUGCCCAACCACAGGUGUCCCCAGCGCAGCCAACUGGAGGCCGUCGGCGGCGAGCCUCUGAGAUGGACCCCGACGAGAGGAGGCAGCGUUUUCUAGAAAGGAACCGAGCAGCUGCCUCACGCUGCAGGCAGAAGCGGAAGUUGUGGGUGAAUUCUUUGGAGAAGAAGGCGGAUGAUCUUGCAAGCAUGAAUGUCUCUCUGACGAAUGAAGUAACGCUUUUAAGGAAUGAGGUGGCUCAGCUGAAACACCUCCUCCUCGCCCACAAAGACUGCCCCGUCACUGUCAUGCAAAAGAAAGCUGCUUUCUUAGCUGCAGGAGGAGAGGAAGCCUCUCGAGAGAUUUCAGCUGAACCCAUCGGAUCCCCAGCAGCAGUCAUCCAGCAUGGGCCGUCCCCCUCGGCCCCGCCCUCCAGCCCAGGGCCCACCAUCAAUGGCAUGAGUGUCCGCGCAGCAGAGGCGGUGGCUAUGUCUGUCUUGGCUGGCAUGGGAUCUGGCCAACCGGGAGGGGUCGUCAUGUUGACGCAGUCCCAGUCAACCUCGAGAUGAUGUGCUGACGCAGGUAGCCAGUAUAAACUCAAGUGGCAUUUCGGAGGCUGGACUUGUACGACAUGUUAAAUUGAGGGGGACUCCCUCACUCCCACACACCCCCAAAGUCAGACCCUCUCCUCCCCUCACGGCCUAUGAUAAUCACACAAAGACAUGGCAUCAGGCCUUAUCUCGCCCUUCUUCUCUCUGUGUAUGUAAAUAAGGAAACCACUGCGGAGUUUGCGGUCACAUCCUGUAUUUGAAUGAUAAGUAUGAAUGAAAAAACAUCAGUCUUUUAUCACUUCAGUCCCACACAAACUUGACCCACAAACCAGGCUUUGAUGCAUCUGACUAAAUAUUUGACUUAGAGAUAUCAUUCACUCGCCUGAAGAGGCUCCCUCCUUUGUGCUGAAACAAUGUUUUACUAAUGCAGAGAACUUCCAGUGAUGUGUCUGACUUGGUGGAGGCCUUUGUUGCUCUCUACUGUGCUUUUAUUGUUAAUUUUUCUGUCGGACACUUCUACUACCAACACUGUCUGGCCCACAAAAAAUCACUCUUGUAUUUAGCUCAGUUGCCUUUAGCUUUAAAUACGUUGCCUUGGCAUUUGAUAGGUUUAUGCUAAUUUGGCUUAUGCAAUGUUCUAAACAUUCAUUUACGUCCUGACUCAAAGUAGCAUUAAUUUGCUCACUAUAUUAUCUGCGAUAAUCGUGAGAUUGCUACUUCAGUCUUCUGAACAUCCCAAAGAUUCUAGACUAACUGACUGACUUUGUAUAAUUUCAUCCCAUUCUCGACCCAUCGCUCUGAAACGGUCAAUCUGCAUUGUGAUCAUUAUUUAUGCUUCCUCAUGUCAGUUUUUUUUUUUUUUUUGCCCAGAGGUCUCUUCACCUUGUUUGGGAAAACAUUGUCACUGCUUGAGAUAACCAUGAGCUUAACGAUUGUUUUUUUUUUCUCUACAUAUUUGAAUUCACUAAAUAUUUACAUUUUCCUACUUUUACCAUUUUUCUUCCUGGAAGUUGAUGCUUCACCUUGUGUUUGGCAGUUCUUAAUCCAGAUCAAUCAUUUGCCCCCCUCUUAAACACAUCUAUCUUUUCCACAACCACUUACAAUGAACGUAUCGCUCAACACUUCUUACUGCAUUAGUUAGGGUUAAAUAACUUAUUGCCAGCUGAAACAUUUUAGUCACUGCAGUAAUUAUCCAAUGGAUGACUCCUACUGAUUUGUCUAGUCAAAUCCAGUUGGUGACUUUUUUUUUUUUUGCCAGGCAGUUUUUCAAUUUGAGUUGAUUGUUCCUCAAAGAACUUGGUGCUGUCAAGGUAGUGCAUGACAAGCAGUUUGCCCCGCCUUCCCUUUAAAUUCUUUUAACAGCCUCCAAUAGACAUAAUCGAUAUAUAAAAUCCUAUGACUGCAUGGAUUGUUCAUGGUUGAGGUAUACCACUUUGUCAUGGUUUCAGUUAAUUGAUCUCCAUUUUAGUAAGUUUACAGCGUUGAGUCUUAGCCUGAAUCCUAACGGUUAGCUUUAGUUGAGUUCUAAGAAUGAAAUAUGAAAACAAGCAGAUAUUAAACCAUUUCCCCGAGGCAUUUCAGUUGAGGAACGAGUAGUGCAAUAUAUUUUUCUAUUAAGGAUAAAUGUUUUUGCGUUUAGCCCAGCCACUGAGAGGGGUGUGGUCUUGCAGUUGACCAGAGAAAAUGUGAAUAUGUGUAUUAUUGAAUGAAUGAACUUGGUGGUUAUGCAUGUCUGUGGAGCAUUACAGAUUUCCUGGGUGCUUUACAACAUUUGAAAAGCAGUUUUGUAUUGUGAAGUAGACAAAAGUGGUUGUGCAAGGUGCUUCUUUUGAAAUGUUGUUUUUAAUUGGAGAUUAUUUUAUACCGCAUCGUACUUCCAAGACUGUCCUGUCAUUAGCCACUUGCCACUGUGUCGCCUUUAAAACAACCUGACAUUCUUUUCAGUUGUUUUUUUAAGUCACGUGUCUGUGUUUUCACCCUUUUGUCUUUUUCUUUUUUUUUUUUUUUUUUUACCAGUCUUACACGUCUUUAACAGAGGUUAAACGACAUACAUCAAGAAAUGUCUCCAGAAAAUAUUUGUUUUGAGUUUCUUAAAUACUCAGGCCUCAAGAUGGGAGAAAUACUUGUGUAUAGUCUGAAUUCAUUGUCUUGGGCAAAUAAAAUAACUUAAUGGAAAAA